UCCGCCUCCCCUUCGCCAUAGUGGAAUUAUUCCCGGGACGAAAAGAUUGAGGAAAAAGUUAUGUAGAGAACUGAACUAUUGAAAACACAAUGGAUUACGCUGUGUAAUUUAUGCAAACUCUACAUAAUGUCAUAACUCUUGUUUUACGUAUGUACAAACGUUUUCAAAGCGUCUAAGUUUUAUUCAUGUUUCCUGUGGAGUCUUUCUGUGUGACAUGGCUUCCUGUCUUCAUUUACUCUCUAUCAUCUGCACUGAUCUGAGAAGAUGGAUAGAUGUGAGAACAAUAGUGGAAUCGGAUGUCCUCCAAUGAAUUGGCUUUCCCCUGGCCACUUCUCUCAUAAUUAGAUGGAGAUAGCAAAGAAUACAAAUGAAAGGGAGACAGUGCCACACUGGUGAUGCUGCUUCUUUACUCAAGAUAUCACUCUGCGCUCUCCUUCUAUUCUGAUUCCCAUUCCUGAUCUCUGCACACACCUCUGUCUAUUCCGUGCACUCUCACUCUCUGUCUGUCUCUUUCUGUUACCCUCUCUGUUCUCCCCCCUCCCUGUGGCCAUGUGUGAUAACGGUAAUCCCGAGGACAAGCCCCCUGCCCCCCCGGUCCGGAUGAGCAGCACCAUCUUCAGCACAGGCUCCAGCAAGGACCCACUCUCAGCCAAUCACAGCUCCAAACCCCUGCCCUCGGUUCCAGAGGAGAGGAAACCCCGCAACAAGAUCAUCUCCAUUUUCUCAGGCGCAGAGAAAGGUGGUAGAAAGAAAGACCGGGACAAAGAACGACCAGAGAUCUCUCCUCCUUCAGACUUUGAACACACCAUCCACGUUGGCUUUGAUGCUGUCACUGGGGAGUUCACUGGCAUGCCAGAGCAAUGGGCACGACUUCUCCAGACAUCAAACAUCACCAAGUCCGAGCAGAAGAAGAACCCACAGGCUGUUCUCGACGUGCUCAAAUUCUAUGACUCUACGGGCAACGGCCGCCAGAAAUACCUCAGUUUCUCCUCCUCUGAAAAGGAUGGUUUCCCCACAGGACCCCAGUUUCCGGUCAAAAAUGUCAUGGAACCCUUAUCGACCAAUAUCAAGGACAUUGAUGAUGAUGAUGAAGCUCCCCCUCCCAUUGUGGCACCACGUCCAGAAUACACUAAGAGUGUGUACACUCGCUCCGUCAUUGACCCCAUCCCCGCUCUAGCCACCUGUCCAGAUGGAGACUCGGCCUCCAAGUCUGUAGACAGACAGAAGAAGAAGGGAAAGAUGUCAGACGAGGAGAUCAUGGACAAACUGAGAACUAUAGUCAGCAUUGGAGAUCCCAAAAAGAAGUACACGAGAUAUGAAAAAAUUGGACAGGGGGCUUCGGGGACAGUGUACACAGCCAUUGAUGUCGCCACAGGACAAGAGGUAGCCAUUAAACAGAUCAACCUACAGAAGCAGCCCAAGAAGGAGCUGAUCAUAAAUGAAAUUAUGGUGAUGAAAGAGUUAAAGAACCCGAAUAUUGUCAACUUCGUAGACAGUUUCCUGGUGGGAGAGGAGCUCUAUGUGGUGAUGGAGUACUUGGCUGGUGGCUCGCUGACUGAUGUGGUGACAGAGACCUGCAUGGACGAGGCUCAGAUAGCUGCUGUCUGCAGAGAGUGUUUACAAGCACUGGAGUUCCUUCAUGCGAACCAGGUCAUCCAUCGUGACAUCAAGAGUGACAACGUGCUACUGGGGAUGGAUGGCUCUGUCAAGCUCACCGAUUUUGGUUUCUGCGCCCAGAUCACACCAGAGCAGAGCAAGCGCAGCACCAUGGUGGGCACGCCUUACUGGAUGGCACCUGAAGUGGUGACCCGGAAGGCCUAUGGGCCAAAGGUUGAUAUCUGGUCCCUGGGCAUCAUGGCCAUUGAGAUGGUUGAGGGGGAGCCUCCAUACCUCAAUGAGAACCCGCUAAGAGCACUGUACCUUAUUGCUACCAAUGGCACUCCAGAGCUGCAGAACCCAGAAAAGCUGUCCCCUAUCUUCAGAGACUUCCUUAACCACUGCCUAGAAAUGGAUGUGGAGAAGAGAGGCGGGGGAAAAGAUCUGCUGCAGCAUCCCUUCCUGAAGCUGGCAAAGCCCCUCUCCAGUCUUACACCUCUCAUCUUGGCUGCUAAGGAGGCCAUGAAAGGCAACCAUUAACCGAACAAACAACCAUGCCUUCCCAUGCUGUGCCAGAUUUGAGGUUUUGUGCCAGACAAUAGACUGAGUGACAACCCAACUAUAUGCUCCAGCCUGAUAAGCCCUGACAAACCUCACUGUGAAGACCAAAAACAUCCAGAGCACAACCCAUCGCUGACCAUAUGAACUCUUUGAUUCUCACUCAAACGUUUGAAGACAACUCAAAUGAAAGUGCUUAUUUUCAGAUCCAGGCUUAGUUAUUUUGUACAAGAAAAAACAAUGUUGGGGCUAGAUUUGUAUUUAACAUGGAAUUAAGAUAUCUAGUUCUUACUUUUUGGAAGAAAUAUUACUGCCUUAAACAAAUGCAAAACAUUGCCUAAUGUAUUGUUGAUUGUGUCAAAUUAUUUUCCCAUAAUUGUUUUUUUCUUUGUAAUUCUUCCUUUCCAGCUUGUUAGUGUCCUCUUAGGCAUUUUGAUACUUAAAUUUCAUUUGUGUCCCCACUGAUCACGUUAAGGGCCUCUCGCUUAAUGAAACUGUUAUUCCCACCUGGUGCCACAUUUAAUCUUUGGUCUUUUCUCAUUUGUUAUAGGACAGACAUUUCAAAACAUUCCCAUUAUUACAGUGAAUAUGGUGAUAUGGAUGACGAUAUAGGUUGCCUCAUUUGGCAGUGCUACCAUCAUUUUCCUCCUGUGUCAUUAGUCCCUUGGUAGUAGAUGUGCACCCUUAUGUGCAAAUUCAAUUGAAGAAUGACAGGGUUUAUUCUUGCUUGGGCCAACGUUCUUUGUUCUCAUAAAAAUGUUUUGCUAUAUUGUAUAUGUCAAAUUCUGUACUUUUUGUGUAUUUAGGACUGUAGCUUAAAAAAUUUGCUUGUUCAUGUGUAUAUUGUGUACCUAACUAGACGGAAAACUGGAUAUCAGGCCGGGUACCUUUUUUAUAGGCUAGAAAAGGCAAUGUAUAUUUACUGUUUCUUUUUUUCUAUUUGGAUUACUAACAAUCUGACAAUUGCCUGCAAAUUCAAAUAAAUGCAGCUGUUUGUCCUUA